UCUUCACUCCAUCACAUAAAGCGCGCGCCUGAACAUCACACACAUCACACACAGUCCGGCGAUGUUUUUGCGCCACUGCGUGAUUUUUGGACUAUAACACUAAAGUUUGGCUUCUGGGGCACUGGUUCCCGUCCUCUUCUUCAAAGCUAUUUUGAUGUUACCGACAGAAAUCUCAGGAGGAGUGUGUUUCAGCGCUAGUCAGCACUCCAAAGAAGGAAGAAACGGAAUGAAAACAGAAGAAAACCAAUCAUGUCUUCAGCAGGCCCCCUCCACCACACCUUACGAGCAUGUGGGAGCAGGUGAGGUGUGUGCAGGGUGCGAGUCUCCCAUCGCGGACCGCUUCCUCCUGCGCGUCAAUGAACUGUCCUGGCAUGAGACGUGUGUCAAGUGUGCAGUGUGUCGCAGCGCGCUGAGCGGGACCUGCUACUGUCGGGAUCGCUUGCUGUACUGCAAGCAUGAUUACGAGAAGAUGUUUGUGCGGAAGUGCAGUGCCUGUCUGCAGGCGAUCGGCCGCUCGGAGCUCAUCAUGCGUGUGCUGGGACAGGUGUACCACCUGGGCUGCUUCAGCUGCUGCGAGUGUGAGCGCCGGCUGCAGAGAGGUGAUGAGUUUGUGCUAAAGGAGGGACAGCUGCUCUGCCGGGGAGACUAUGAGAAAGAGAGAGAGAUGCUGGCUGCCAUCAGCCCGGCCCCUACCGAGUCAGUAAAGAGUGAGGAUGAGGAUGGUGGUGGUGUCUCUGUUGGUGGGAAGGCUGGGGAUGAUGGGAAGGAGCACAAGAGAUCCAAGAGACCACGUACCAUCCUGACCACACAACAGCGGCGCGCCUUCAAGGCUUCCUUUGAGGUGUCUUCCAAACCCUGCCGAAAGGUCAGAGAAACUCUUGCAGCUGAGACUGGACUGACGGUGAGAGUCGUGCAGGUGUGGUUCCAAAACCAGAGAGCAAAGAUAAAGAAGAUCGCUCGCAGACAACAGCAGCAGCAGCAGCAGCAGCAAGAACAGGAGCAGAUGGGCGGGACCAGGAGGGGUCCAAGCAGGGGGGGGCGCCAGAGUAACGAUGACAGCGAGGAUGGCUCCAGCAGUCAUGGACUGGACGGACUGCUCUCAUAUUCCUCUCUGCCACGCCAACAACUGCUGGCUUUGGAUCCCAACAUAUACGGUAGUGAGCAGUUCCGACACGGGCUCACGCCACCACAGCUAGGCCCCGAGCAGAUGCACUCCUAUGGUGAGGAUAUCUCACUGCACCAACUUCAGCAUUGGUUAUUUUUUGCAGUUAACCGAAAUGUUUGUUUGCAUUUGAAAACUGACUUCAUUUCAGACUCGGUUUUCCAUGACUUGGACAGCGAUGGAAGCCUCAGUCAUCUCGGAGACUGUCUCUUGUCGACUGCUGACGGUGGAGUUCUGGCAGGACGGAUAGGAAACCCCAUUGAUCGCCUCUACUCCAUGCAAAACUCCUACUUUACCUCAUGACCCUGGUUCCAAGUGCUCCUCCACCGCUGCAGGGGGCCACACAGAGAUUGAGUCUCACUGCAGGCGUCUUUCAUCAUCAAAACUAAUUGAAUCCCUCAAUCGUAUCUUAGUCGUGCCAGUAAAGCCCUAACCUACCAAACCAAGACAGGAUCACACCCUGAAAAUUCUAUUUAACACUUGCAAAAAAGGCGGGUGUUAACAAGUAGCUAAAUGGGACAACUGGGUCCAAAUAGUUGCUUUAAUAACCUCAUUGAGUUAAUCGCCAACUCAAACUUUUAGGGAAUUUUUUUUUUUUUUCAUAAAAAGUGUGUUCAUUUGUGAAGAUUAUCAUUAUGAACAACGUGUAUGAUUCAUAAACUUUUGUUGAUCACGAAGCUUAUUUUCUGCAAUUAAGAAAAUGGUAUUGUUUUUUUUUAAGGAACCAGGGUGAUGCAAACUUCUGGAUUUCCCUGCAAAUCAUCACUGCAGCUCUGGGACAGAGGUUCUGUCCACUGUGGUUGUGAACACCACUACAAAUGGCUGUCCCCUCAGAUAGAAGGAUAAAUGGGUGAUUUCAUACACAGCCCAAGUCAGUUUCACAAGUCAUAUCACUCUCUCCUUUGCCUUGCCAUCUUUAUGUCUGUCUUUGAAUAGGAAUCAGCUUUUGUUUAAACCUAACAUGAAAACCAAAAGAUUCUAGCAUGGUGCGAAAAGUCAAAUGUACAUUAAUAUUUAUUGUAAAGAAACAAAGUUUAUUAAAGGUGCACUCAGUUUUUGUAUGUUGAGCUGACCAAUAUAGCAGAUGCUUUGGACUUACGCUGACACCUACUGGUGUGGAUGUAGCAUCACUCAAACACAAAAGCAAGGUUGUUAUAGUAAAUUAAAACUAAAGCAUAAAAAAAAGGUUUUCAUUACUUUAAAUAAAUACAUGUUUAUUGGAUUUUAUUUUAAUGUUUUUUAUCCUCCAUGUAGUUGCCAAGCCAACAUUUCUCAUUUUCAUUUAGUUUAACUUGAUGUACUAAAAUAGCUAAAACAAAUUAAAGUUAAUUAUAUAGACAUAAACUAAUAAAAAUGGGGGGGGGGGGGGCGCACACAACUAAAUUACUACAACUUUAACUAAAAUGAAAGAUACAAAUUUUAAAAUAGCUUUUAUGAGUCUUUAUUUCAUGUUGAUGUAUAUUAGUACAUAAUAUUUUUCGAAAGCACUAUUGUUUUUUUCUUAUGUGUAAAUCUUUAAAUUAGGAAAAAAAAAAACACACGAGUGCACCUUUAACACAAAUUAAACUUAAUUUUUUCUUUUCACAAAUCAAGAAUAAUAACAGCUAGUGCAGUAUUUCCUUUGAAUACAUUUAAUUUGGUAGGUUUUUAACUAUUGUCAGUUUCUCAGACAGGGUCUUAGUGUUUUUUGUCUUCAAGCCGCCUUAACUGUGCUUUACGCAAUUUAAGAGACAAAAUAUUCAACAGAAAAUAAGACGACAAAAUAAUGAAACUUCAAAGCUGAAGUAGAUCCCUCAAAGAAAAUAUUAGUGAGGGAGUCUUGGCAGGGUUCAAGGAGCGAAGGAGUCACACAUACCACAGUGGCUCAGUCAACACUACCAAAACUCACAGACUAUUAAAUCCAAGCUAGAUUCGACAAGUAUGGAAAUUAUAAUGCCAUUUAAUAUUUCAUAACAACAUUUUUUUAUUCUUAUUUCAGGUUUUGGACACAGGGUAUAUUUCCUCUGAUAAAAAGUGAGACUAUUUUUCUGCAGCAGCAUUGCUCCGCAUUGACUGAAGGUUUUAGAUGAUUAGGGGGUAAAAUGUAGCAAUGCGCUCUAAUCUCCAAACUGAGACGACUCUAUGAUGAGGAAAUAAUCAGGGUUGUUGCUGUUACAGGGUUAGUUAGCCUUUCAGUUACAGGGUUGAUAAAAAAUAUGACAUCUAUCGCUUUAGUACUGACAAGAAAAAUAGCACAAAUUAUUAAAAAUCCCCCCCUUAAAUGUUACAGGACGUGUACACUUGGCAACAUGUUGCUAAUUGUGCUUUAUUGUAAUAUACUGAAUGUGUUGGUCACAUGACUAUUGUUGUAAUUAGCAUUAUCGUUACACGUGUAGUUAUUUACUUCACUUCUUUUAACUUAUGUUCUUGUUGACUAUUUUUAACAGCAACAAUAGCAUUGGAAUAUUUAUGUUGCAGCAUGAGACACUGUAUAUGUGAAAUGUAUUAUUUAUAUUGAAGAACAUACAGCAGACUUGCAUCAACACCACCUGCUGAUGAAAACCUUCAGAAUCCUGACAAACUGAAAUAGAAGUAGUUUUUAGUACACUGGACAUGAGUUGCUGGUAAAUCAAGUGUGCAGCUGACGGCUCACAUAUUCAUGAAGCGUUUCGUGAUACUGGUCUGUUUCAUUUAGUGUGGUGUAAUAUUUCUUUAAAGGACUGUGGUGAUGACAGCUGUUGAAGGGGAGAUGAAUGGGACGUCUUUCUGUUUCCUUUAGUGUGAUCACUUCCAGUGAAUGUGUUUUUGGUGUAAUGUGUUCUUGGUUUUCAAAUAUAACUUGUCAUUUCAAACA